GACAUUGAUCGUGUCCAUGAUUCCUCGCGAUAAUUAGGAAACCGAUAAAUCUGUAAUCCAUGAUGGAGAUGAAAUGAAGUGCGAGGAGCCUUGAGCGAGCGCGGAAAGCCUCCGCGCCGACAGGUGGCGCGCUCUCGUCGACGCCCGGGUGUGUGACGGCCUCUUCGAAUAAGGCGCGGCAAACUGGAACGGAAAAGAAACCGUUGUUUGUUUGGGCGUGUUGUCGUUGCUCGUUUUCAGUGUCUGAGUUUUGACAUGUCCCAAACCUUUCACGUCGUCCGAUGUUUCCUCUGCGACUGCUUCCAGGUGCAGCAAGUGAAGAAGGUGAAAAAGUGGACGUGUAAACUCUGCGGGGAGAAACAAUCUUUGCUCAAGGAGUUCGGUGGAGGCAGCGCCGCGGACUGCAGACGUCACGUUCAGAAGCUGAACGCCGCCAGGGGCGCCGUGUUGGAAGAGCGAGACGCCCGCUCGCUUCGGCAACAGCCGGAAGAGGAAACGGGAAGUGAAGACCAGCGAGACGGGCACGUGAGAGGACGACCUGCGCAGGCCGGCACGCACGCACAUCAGCAGCCUCUUCAACCCGUGAGCGCGUGCCCGCAGGCGGUCCGCGCGCAGGUGAGCCGCUGGCGCCGAUACAUGGCCGCGCCUGAGGAGAAGGACCGAGAUGUCGUUCCAAAGGACAUGCCGCGUUCCCGAGGCAACAGCAUGACGGACAGGAAGAGGAAGCGUGAGGACCGAGCUCAGGUGGAGGCGAGAGUGCCGUCUUUGGGAUGCGACGGCGCCGCCGACCCUGUCGUGUGGCCCCCUCCCCUGCUCCACCCUUGCUCCAUGUUUGACAGCGGAGAAGACUUUGACACGAGCCUCUGA